AUGAAUCCAACAGAUGGAGAUCCAGAGAACGAGGCGCUUUUGCGGCCGCUCAGAUUGGAAGAUAUUUUCGAUGCACAGUCGAUGUUCAUCUCCCAAGCAUCAAGUUGGUCUUUCUCAUCGGCGCCGGACCGUGUUGCGGAGAUGGGCGGCCAAGACCCACGUGCAGCAGGAUUAGGCCCGGCGCAAGCCUCUCAUGAGCAGCGUCGACCGACAUCCUCCGAAGACACCAACCCGCUGCGACAGCACGACGAAGGCCCUUUGCAAACAGAAGACCGCUUAGGCAAGAGCAGCUCCGCCUUCUUCGGACCUCACCUGGCCUCGGACGGCAUCCUAGACCACUAUUCCCUCGACUUUGACUUCCCUUUCGCACUCCUCUACGCACUUCCCGACGAAGAUGGCGGCGGCAGGAUGGCCGUAGCCCCUUCUAACGAGCUUUUACACCAUGUCACCCCCGAACAUGACACUCCCGACGCCCUUCUCUCGCCUGCCCCCGAUAAGCGCAUUCCCGACAUGGCAGCCGCGACCAGCGAUGCGUCGGCCAUGCCAGCCCUCGGCGGCGAGAAGCCAUCUGCCGACCACAACAUGAUGGACACAACCCUCACCAACGGACUGCCGCUCCUCGACACACCCAUCGACUUUGCGCAGUCCAACAACCUAAAUGGCGCCGACAUGACCGCCGACAUGACUGCCAUGCCCAUGGACAUGACGACCGCCUUCCCGCCCAUGAAUGCCUUCAUGCCGCCCACAACCAAUGAGCGCCUCACGGCCUUUGCGCGUCUGCGCUUCGAUGACGGCUCCUACUACAUGCAUACCUACCAGAUCACCCUGGGCCGCAAUCUCGAUCUCGCGCACAGAGACAUGAAGCGCCUCAUCAAGGCCGAGGCACUGCACGCAAAGGGCCAUGUGCAGGCUGCUCGCGAACACUUGACUGGCAUGGACGAGGCCAAUGCGAAGAAGGACAAGAAGAAGAAGAAACACAAAAAGGGUGGCGCCCGUAGCGUCAUCUCCGAGAAGGGCGGCAUCCUCAGUGCACCCAUCGAGUCGAUGCCCAUGGAGUACCAGCAGCGUCGCCAGAGCAAUGCGUCGCACUCUCUCAGCUCAAAUUCACACCCCACGGGCGAAUCUGGCGAGGAAAAGCCUGCCGAGCGCGCGCCACAAGACAUGAUCAUGCAGGCCUUCCCCGAAGUACCUGCCCAAUUCGACGGCCACGUCCCCGAAGACCCCAACGACUGUCCAUUCGUGCCUAUACAUCCCCAGCAGAUCGUAGCCAGGACAGGAUCGUUGGGUCCCAAAGGCAUAUCACGGGAGCAUGCCAAGAUCUUUUUUGACUUUGACGCGGGUCACUUCUGUAUCCAUGUCCUGGGUAACAAUGGUCUGCAUCACGAGGGAGACUUUUAUCCCAAGGGUGAAACUGUACCUUUGGAUCAUGGCGACCACUUGCAGCUGGGUGCUGUGAACAUACACUUCUUCCUCCCAGACGUCGCGCUCACAGAGCAGCAACGCCAUCGCCAGGAGUCUGGAUCGCGACCUAUGAGUUUCUCUUUCGAAAAUGGGAACGGUCAGUUGGAAAGUGACGAGCAUAUCAGUUCUGAGAGCGAAGACCAGCAGAGCGUCAACCCGCGCCAUGUCUACUACCACCAUCCUGUCAGUGACAGCGAUGACGAUGACGGACUCGCCGAUGAAGAAAUGGACGAUUAUGAAGAACCUGCUCCUAAGCCGCGGCAGAAGACAAGUCUCAAGCUCAAGAUAAAGAAUCUGCCUCCCGCUCCCUCGAAAGAAAGCAAGAAAGCGCACAAGAGGAAGCAUCAGCAGCGCGAACUCACGCCUGAAGAGCCACCAACAAAGAAGGUCAAGCUCAAAGUCAAAGACACUGCGAAGCUCAAGGAAGCGAUUCGUGAAUCUACGAAGGAGCCCAAAAUUCAGAAGGAGCGCAAAGAGCCCAAGGAACCAAAGGAACCCAAAGAGAAGGAAGUUGCGCCGCCCAGAGAGCCCAAGGAACCCAAGGAAACCAAAGAGCCGAAAGACAAGGGCAAAGCACCAGCCAAGACUCCCGCAAAAGCGCCUGUCAAGGACGAGACGCCAGUCGAGGAGCCCGUCAAAGAUAUCCCCAUGGCUCCAAAGCCCGAGCAGCCAAGUAAGCCCCCACCGAACGAUAGUCCGCCUUUACUACGCAAGCCACACGAAGGCGAACUCGAAGCCGGAGAUAUCGAUGGGCUCAUUACGGAGGAGAUGGCUCUCCAGCACAAUUUGCCACGGAAUCUUAUCGGUCAUGUCGUUGAGAAGCGCAAAGGACCAGGCAGACCGCCCAAGGAUGGCAUCAUGUCAAAGCGCCAGCGUUCGCAGCUCAUUAAACAGGCUAAGGAUAUUGAGAGGGCAAGAGCUGCUGGCAUCGACCCAGCUGACAUUCCGAUCCCGACUAUCAAGCCGAAAGCACCCAAACGCAAAGAAUCAAAUGCUGGCGAUGGCGAAGAUGAUGGAGUUAUGGAGACAACGGAGCAGGGCGAUGGUAGCUUGUCCAGUCUCCAGAAACAAACGAAGCCCAUCAGACCGCCUCGGACGCCUUCACCUGAGAUGCGCAUUGAAGACUACACCGAGGAACAGCUGCAACGACCCACAGCCAACUAUGUUGUACUGAUCCACGAGGCGAUCUCGUCUUCACCCACUGGCCAGAUGAACCUUCAAUCCAUAUAUACUUACAUUGAGCGGAAGUAUCCUUGGUACAAGUUCAAGACUACUACGAGCGGUUGGCAGUCUAGUGUGCGCCACAACCUUGGUCAGCACGACGCUUUCAUGAAGGGUGAUAAGGAGGGUAAAGGCUACCUUUGGAGAAUCAACCCCGAAGUCUCGAUCGAGAAGGAACGCAGGAAGAGGCAAGCCAGUCCUCCUCUUAGCAAUGCUCCGCGACAGUACUACCAACCACCGAAUGGAUAUCAGCCGUAUCCCCAGCCUGGAUACCCGUAUCACCCGGGCAUGCCUCAUGCGAUGCCGCAGCCACCACCACCAAGACUGCCACCUAGUCUCGCGCAACCUCGCUUACCACCCAGCAUGGCUCGUAAUGAGAGUAACUCAGCUGCAUCGAACACGUCUCAGAACGCACCCCAUCCAUCGCCUUAUGCGUCCCCUUGGGGCGGCGGUGGUAACACUGCUGGGAGUCCGCCAGCGCCCAAUCCUCCACGACCGUAUCCGCAGCCUAACUCGCAGGCUCCGCCAACUUCCUCAGCAGCCGGUUCGAGUGGUCAGUACGGCGUUCUCUAUCCUACAGCUGCUCCACAACAAUCGCCAUACAGCCAACCUCCGGCACCCAGUCCAUACGGUGGUCCAUAUGCUAACACUGGCGCGAGCCCGUAUGGCCCUGGUCCGCCUCGUCCCUAUGGAGCAUAUCCACCACAAAGUCAGCAGUCGAAUGCUCCUCCGGCAUCGCAGCCACAGCCUUCAGCGUCGCCUUACGGUCCGCCUCCGUCUCAGACGCCCUCACAACCAGGGCCUCCUAGCGACGCUUCGGCACCUCAUCCGUCCGGACGUUACCCGAUUGGAGUUCAUCCAGACCUCAUUCGCCAGCUCGAAGCGUACCGUCACGUGUACCUUGACAAGAGGCCAGGCCCUGAGGAGCAGAAGAAAGUGGACAACGCCAUCAGAGCUUGCGUAGACAGAACCGUACCUGAAUCGACAUUGACGGACCAAGAAAGAAAGUUGCUUAUAUCCAUCUGCGGCGUGGAGAGCAUUAACAAACAUGUCAAGAGGGCACCUGAUGUCAAAGAUGAAGAUGAAGCGAGUACUGCGGCAGCGUUCGCCGCAGCAGGUGCAGCGGCAAACACGAUGGCUCAGCAAUACCAACCAGCACCACAGUCUGCAAAUCCGACGGGCACCGCGUCCCCAGCACCGACACGUGAGAACAGCGAACCGCAGAAGUUUACGCCAAACAUGACUGGUGCAUCACCAGCUCCUCCCAUGGCGCCUUCACAUCGUCCCAGCGUCGAGCCCAUCACGCCUGUGCCUGGUUCGCCAGCAGUUCAAAAUGGCACCCCGCUGCGACGUCCAAUGACCGAGUUGACCGCAGACAGCGCACCCGGCGCAGAAGAAGCCAAGAAGACGGAGAACAGUCAAGAUGUAUCGAAGAAAGCUGAGUAG